GAUCUCUGCACGCGCUCUCACGUCCGGUGACUCUGGAAUUUGCGGGUGUUUUUUCUUUCUUUCUUUUUUAUUCCUUCAUGGUGAUCCACGUCGGUGAUGGCAGACUCUGUUCCACAUGAGACUCGCCAAACCGUCAAAGAGUCGCCGUUCUCCAUCAAGAACCUGUUGAAUAUCGACGACAAACCUGCGAGGCCGAGAAGCUUCCUCGCCUCGUCCAAAGGAGUGUUUGAAGGAAGCUUCUUCUCUCGGCUCGGUGACUUCUCGUUCCCUCGGUUUGAGUUUCCCACACAGCGAAUCGGACUGUCGGCGCAGUAUUUGGAGAGAGCAUCCACUUGGUGGUACCCGUACACGUUUGGAGCCCAUCUGAGAACUGCAGGAUCUGCAAAAAGCGAGCUGAGGGAGGUAUCGCCGGUACCGGACAGGCGCUCCCCGGAUCUCCAAAAAAGUGAUCAGGAUGCCAAAGAGGAAAGCGCCGAUGAAGACAUCGCGCUGGAUGAAAGUGACCUAGAAGAGGCGAAGAAAGAAACGGAUCAGGACGACGACUGGAGCAGAAAAGCGGACGAGCUGGACUCCGAGAAGAAGCCGUGCCGCAAGAAGAAAACGCGCACGGUGUUCUCCAGGAGCCAGGUCUUCCAGCUGGAGUCCACCUUCGAUAUCAAGCGCUACCUGAGCAGCUCGGAGAGGGCGGGCUUGGCCGCGUCCCUGCACCUGACCGAGACGCAGGUCAAAAUCUGGUUCCAGAACCGCAGGAAUAAGUGGAAACGGCAGCUGGCCGCGGAGUUGGAGGCGGCCAACCUGAACCACGCGGCGGCGCAGAGGAUUGUGCGGGUUCCGAUACUUUACCACGAGAACGGGGCCACGGAAACGAGCGCGGGGUCCGCGGGGAACUCACCGGGCAGCCAGAACCUGCUGGCCUUUCAGCACCACAUGUACUAUUCACACUCGGUCCCGCUGCUCAGGCCCGUUUAACACCGUGUGCGCGUCAUUUUUAAAUUCAACAUUUUUUUGUAGAUUUUGUAAAAAAA